AUGCACUGUGCAAACAACGUCCCUGCGUCUGUCCCUGCGUCUGUCCCUGCGUCUGUCCCUGCGUCUGUCCCUGCGUCUGUCCCUGCGUCUGUCCCUGCGUCUGUCCCCGCGUCUGCGUCUGUCCCCGCGUCUGUGUCUGUCCCCGCGUCUGUGUCUGCGUCUGUCCCCGUCCCCGCGUCCGUCCCCACGUCCGUCCGUCUGUCCCUGCAUCUGUCCCUGUGUCUGUCCCCGCGUCUGUCCCUGAGUCUGUGUCUGCGUCUGUCCCCGUCCCCGCGUCCGUCCCCACGUCCUCUGUGUCUGCGUCUGUCCCCGCGUCUGCGUCUGUCCCCGCGUCUGUGUCUGUCCCCGCGUCUGUGUCUGCGUCUGUCCCCGUCCCCGCGUCCGUCCCCACUCUGUGUCUGCGUCUGUCCCCGUCCCCGCGUCCGUCCCCACGUCCGUCCGUCUGUCCCUGCAUCUGUCCCUGCGUCUGUCCCCGCGUCUGUCCCCGCGUCUGUCCCCGCGUCUGUGUCUGUCCCCGCGUCUGUGUCUGCGUCUGUCCCCGUCCCCGCGUCCGUCCCCACGUCCGUCCGUCUGUCCCUGCAUCUGUCCCUGUGUCUGUCCCCGCGUCUGUCCCCGAGUCUGUGUCUGCGUCUGUCCCUGAGUCUGUGUCUGUCCCCGCGUCUGUCCCCGCGUCUGUGUCUGUCCCCGUCCCCGCGUCUGUGUCUGCGUCUGUCCCCGUCCCCGCGUCCGUCCCCACGUCCGUCCGUCUGUCCCUGA